GUAUAUAGUCAACGAGCAGAAACGGAUGAAUCAUUCGGAAAACGGCGCCGUGUUGCCAAAACCUCCCUGAUAAAAUUGCAGCAACGUCCGCGUAAAUCUCCCAGAAGAAAUUGAACCCGACGGCCGUGCAUAUCGAUUUCGGGAUCAUGGUCUACAUUGCAUCUUGGGAUGAUUUUUUGGAAAAAUCCGUCCAGCUGUUCCGCUCCGAUCCUGAAAAGACUCGUUAUUCCAUGAAAUACAGGCAUUGCGACGGCAAAUUGGUUCUAAAAGUCACCGAUGAUAAAGAGUGUAUCAAAUUUAAGACAGACCAAGCACAGGAUGCCAAGAAGAUGGAGAAGUUCAAUAAUAUCUUCUUUACUUUGAUGGCUCGUGGACCCGAAGCGGAUAUAUCUGAAGUUGGUGGAAAAGAACAAGCAGAGGCACAGCCGGUCAAGAAAGGAAGGGGAAGGAAGCAAUAGUUAUAUUUCUUCAUCAUCUUCAACAAGUUUCCGACAACACCAAAAUAGUCGUGAGAAGAGUAUUAAAUGAAACAUUGGUCUUAAAUUUAGUUCAAACAAAUUUUGGUUGAAUCUUCUAGUGUUUUUGUAGCAAACGUAGCUUAAAUUCCUUGAUGCUAACUUCAUCUGACUGGUAUUUUCAUUGAAGUAAAACUCUCCCCUUGCUUUCGCUGGUUAUUUCGUCUUUGAAAACGAUAUGGAUUCUGUAUUUACUUGUCUUAGUUUUUGCCUGGAUUUUUUAAAGAUUAUUGCACCAGUUUGGCCUGUGCUGAUUA